GUGCGGGAGCCCAUUUAAUACAGCCCAGAUGCGAGCACCGGUCUUCCGAGGUCGACACAACUUCAAUUGCCCUUAUGCAGACCUCGAGCCAUGAUCGUUCGAUUGAGAGUGAAGGGUGUCAACGAGCCCAGUCGUUCUCUUGUUGUGACGAGCCCGAAACAACCUUAUCUGCCCAAGUCUGUCUGCCUUUGGCACGAAGCGAUUCAGAUUCGCCGCCAUCUAUAGACGAAAAUCGGGUCGCAAUUCCUGCAGUAUCCCAAACCACAAGCAUGGGGGAGUUAACAUCGGCCGUUCCCUGUCGCGAAACCCUGGUAGCAGAAGAAUGCGUACCGUUGUCGACUGUCACAUGUACUCCAAGCUCGCCUCCUUUAGGACGGCAGUCUUCCCAGACAAUUUCAUGUAACGAUAGCCCAGCUACGGAUGAAAAGCUCCAUCGCGAGUGCGCAGAGUCAUCUGUCCUCGUCUGUGCGUCCGUAGCACUCGAGGAAAACGAUAAAUCAACUCCAACACGAUCCAACGUAUCACACGAUGUUCGAAACUCAUCUUCCAAUGAAAGUACAUUGACGAUAGCCGAGAGUCUCCCUCUGACUGCUGACAGACACGAGGAACCCUACAGUCAAGACGUAUCUGGGUACAGGCCUAGCGAAGUCUCCUCUACUCCGAAGCUUGAGAGUGGGGAGGAGGACGUAUCCAUAGAUCAUAAGCGCCAAACCGUGGAGGGCAGAGAGGACCAUCAAGAAAAAGGGACGGAAAGCGAGGUUAAGUCGAACAUCACACCCUGUUCCCACACUGUCAGGAUCGUUGAAGGAUAUACGUCGAAGUGUGUGAUAUUGAACGAUGAUAGGCAGAUGAAUGAGGGCGUCGACGGUACCAUCUUGUCCCCGUCCUCUAUCAAUCCUGGGUCCAAAAUAUCUCCUUCUGAACUGGAUGUUCUGCGGGACUCGGGAGCCAAUCAUAUUGAAUCUAGAUAUGAACACUGGUCUUCUGACGUCGACACAGUUUCAAAGAGUUCCGUCCAGAUAUCUGGCCAUGAUUCGACUGAGAGCAGUGAAGGGCACAUUCAUAGACAGAGUCGUGAAGAAGUAGAUUCCUCUGUGCUGGUCCGAGUUUCCUUGGCACCUGCGGAGACCAUCGGGACACCAGCACCAGCACCGUGCAGAGCUGUUGAGAACACUCAGAAGUCGAGCCUAGCAUCCAAUGAUCCUAACAACUCGUCUUUACCCGAAGGCACUACUCUGAAUGAUUGUGUUGAGCACGACAAAGUGCCUGUAUCAGCAGAUUGUAUGCAGGAGGAUUUGGAGUGCAGAGGAGACUAUCAUGCAUGGGAGGCGGAGAAUGAGGUCACGCUCAAAUCGGAAUCUUAUUCCAGUGCCAUCGAGAGUCUCAGGAAAUCAGAGAGUGCCACGGUAUUGAAGGCCAGUGGCCGAUCAGAUGUCGAUACUGACAGUGAUAUCUCAUCCCUGUCAUCUACCUACACCGGGCGCCAGCUGUCUCUUUCUGAACCAGGCGUUCCACAGGAUGCGGGAAUCAGUCGCAUUCAGUCUGCACGCGAGCACCAGUCCUCAGAUAUCAACAUAAAUUCGACUACUCUCGUCCAGACCUCAAGCCAGCGUUCGAUUGAGAACAGAGUUCGUGGUUCUCUAGUUACUGUACAAGGCGAACCCUGUGGUCAAGAUGUUGCGACAGGCCAACCUUGUCAACGCUUCUCUGCCCCGAAACUUGACAGCAACGAACUGGCAGAAUGUACGUACCAGACUGUGGAGAACGGAGGAGGCCGUCAUGAACUGGAGACAGAGAGCGAGUUUAAGCUCAGCUCGACAGCACAUUUCCAUUCUGUCGAGAUUGUCGAACGAUCCACGUCGGAGACUGUGGUAUUGAAAGUCGAUAGGAAAGCCGAUGAGGACAUCGAUGUCCCUGCGUUACCUUCGUCCCCAAUGACUACGCUGCCUCCUUCUGAUCUGGGUAUCUCACAGGGUGCGGGAGCCCAUUUAAUACAGUCUAGAUGCGAGCACCAGUCUUCCGAAGUCGACACAGCUUCAGUUGCUCUUGUGCAGACCUCGAGCUGUGAUUGCUCGACUGAGUGCAAAGGGACUCAACGAGCCCAGUCAUUCUCUUGUUGUGACGAGCCCAAAGCAACUUUAUCUGGCCACGUCUGUCUGUCCUUGGCACGAAGCGAUUCGGAUUCACCGCCAUCUAUGGACAAAGCAGUCGAGAACGUCCAGGAGUCGAGCCCGGUCUCAAACAGAAUUUGGAAAUCAUCUUUCACAAUGACGACAGGUCAGAGUCAUUCUCCUGUCGCUAACAUACACAAAGCACCCUGUGGCCAGGAUAUGACUAAGGACCAGCCUAACCGAGGUUCAUGCUCUUCGGAACAUGAGGCCGAUGAAGAGGGUGUAACAGCGGAUCACAUGUACCAGGCUGUCAUGGUGUUGAGGUGCGAGUGCCAGUCUUCAGAGGUCAACGAGGUUUCAAAGACUUCCGAAUCGGAGCACACCUGGAGUCGUCACUCGUCUGAGAGCGGUGAAUGGCACACCGAACGACAAGGUCGCCAGCAAGUCCAUUCAUCCGGUAUCGUCAUACUUCAGGUUGGGGAGAGCAAUACAACUCCUUCACAAUUCUCAGGCAUUGGAGUCAAGAACGCACAGACGUCAAGUCCAACACCCGACGAUCUUCGGAACUCACCUAUGCCUGAAGGCACAUCGACGAUAGGCCAGACUUCUCCUGCAGGCGAUUGCCUACAAGGAGCUCCUGAUCAUGAUGUGAUGGGGAACCGAUAUAAUAGUCGAAGCUCAUCCAUCCGGAAAUUUGAGGACCACAAAGUCGACGUAACGGUGGGUUGUGUGCACCAGGCUUCGGUGACCAGGGGAGAUUAUCAUGAACGGGAGAUGGAGAGCGAGGUUGAGCAAAACUUGGCGUAUCAUUCCUGCAGCGUUGAAAUGCUCGGACAGUCGACAUCAGACGCUGUGACGAGGAACGAUGAUAGGCGGAUAGAUAAGGACGCCGACGACACUGCGUUGCCUCUGUCCUCGACUACUGUAAGGCCCGGGUUGUCAAUCUCUGAGCCAGACAUUCCACAGGAUGCGGCAACUUCUUCAAGUGUCAUCACGGUCUUGACGACUUCCAUGCAGACUUCGAGUCAUAGCUCGACUGUCAGCAGUGAACACGUCCGCCAACAGCCAGCUCAAACUCCCCCCUGUAGUAACGAGCUGCCCGUCGAUUACAAAGUCAACCAAUCGCAAACAACUGCCCCCGUCCACCCGUUCAUGGGACGUGGAGAAAACAAUCCAACUUCAGCACAGCCCUUCUGCGUAGCAUCCGAGAACACGCAGCAACCCAGUCCAGCCUCCAACAAUAUUAGGAGCUCAUCUUUACCUGAAGGCGCGUCUACGACAGGUCAAACCUCUUCUCCGGCCACUCACGAAUGCGGGGAACCCUGGGGUCAAGAUGGGGCCAAGGACCUGCCUGGUCAAGGCUCCUCCACGCCGAGACUCAAGGACGACAAAGAGGUGAUAUCGGCAGACAGUACCUGCCAAGUUAUGGAGGACACGAGUUACUAUAGGUCCGAUACAACUGAUGGACGGGAGAAGGAGAGCCGGGUAGAUGCCAAGGUUGCUAUGUUGACCUCAUCUUCACCUAAUCCUGGACCCAAGGGAUCUCAUUCAGAACCCAGUGUUCCGCAGGAUGCGGCAACCAAUCAUGUCCAGUCCGAACGCGAACAUCACAUUACAGAAUGAAUGAAUGCGUGAUGGAUUGUGAUCUAUACCCAGUAGGAACCGCUUAUCACCAGGCCUGGUGAGAUAUGGAUGAAACUUUUAUGUGUACGGUCGAUAUGGUGAGAUUGAGUACGUAGAUAAUGAAAACAAUGUUGCAAUUACAUUGUUUUGCGCUGUUCUUCGCAUUUACAUGUGACAAUUCCUCGUUUUGCAUCAUUUCUUCCGAUCAUUCGCAUCAAAUUGCGUAUAAUCGCCUUGUAAACUUCGUAGUCGCAUCCCUUGUAAGUUACCCAUAGCACAGCAUAGCACUCGCAAUGCAAGGCUUGCCUAAUCUAUUCAGCGUGUUUAAUGAAAUCAUUCAUCGCAUCUUGUCUUCCUACUACAACUUGAAUACUCGUGCUUUGCCCGACAUUUCUGUCGACGGAGCUUCGAGUGUCUGUCACAAAUUGCAUGGAUCCGCGGGGUUUAACGUCUAUUAUUUCCUGUCAGAACUACGUU